AGAAGCGGGAAGUUCGUUUGAGCAUAUUUCCGCUAUGAACGCCCCGGGUCGCGUCUUCGCCGCUGUGCCAGCGGCAGAAACGGACGGUAAAGACAAACAGCGGGGCCAAGAGGUAGCAUGUCUCAACAAGCCGGUGAGGGAGGUUCAGGUGACCGGGGUGGCGGAGGUUUCCUGCCCGGCCGACCGAGCGUGGCUGCUGGUCAGUGUGACCAGCACGAAGGAGUCGAUAAACGAGGUGACAAACAGUAUUUCGCGGCGACUGGAUUACAUUUCCCAGACUGUCAGACAACACGGCGUCAGUGAGGAACACACUACAGUGAGACAGACUCUUCGCCGACAUGCUGAGGCCUAUGUCAUGGAUGCAGAGGUCCUGGUGACCUUCUCAGAAUUCAAGAAGAUGGAGCAGAUGUGUCGCGUCCUAUUGGAGAAGCUGGAUAAGAGUGUCCAAGUGGGGACGCCUCGGUUCUUCCACAGCGCCGCGUGCCUGAGUGAGCUGAGGCUUCGUGCGUCUGUGUCAGCAGUUGAAAAUGCUCAACAGAAGGCCAGUAAGAUCGCUCAGCUGCUGGGGGAAAGUUUGGGAGCCACGUUGCUGGUCAGAGAGGAGGAGACCAAGGAGUGGAGGAAUGAAGAGGAGGCUGCAGGUGGGGAACGCAGCUCGCCGCACCUUCCGCCGCUCCUGCCUACAGCCACCGCCUCCUCGCAAGUGUCCGUUUCCUUCAGCUUCAGAGACAAAAGCAGGAAAAAACUCUAAACGCACAUUUGGAGAGUUUGGAAACACUUUAUUGCACGCUUG